AUGUCUUCACAAAUUCCAACUUUACUCAACCCAUCUUUUUUGACAUCUGGUUUAAGUACUGGCUGCUUUAAUUUUGUAAAUAAAAUUGCAGAGGCUAGAAGUAAACAGGAAGAAGAUCAAAUUGUUGCCCAAGAAAUAGAUGGGUUAAAAAGUAAAUUGAAUCUGCCAGAGAUUUCAUCGACUAAAAUCAAAGAUUAUAUAAUUAGAUUGAUUUAUUGUGAUAUGUUGGGACAUAAUGUAGAUUUUGGACACAUUCAUGCAGUGAAAUUGGCUCAAAGUGCUAAAACUUUGUGGGAUAAAAGAACAGGAUACUUGGCAUGUUCUUUAUUUUUACAUGAAACUCACGAACUAAGUAUAAUGUUGAUCAAUACAAUAUUGAAGGAUCUUCAAAGUAAUGACCAUCUUGAAAUUUGUGCAGCAUUGACAGCACUUUGUCAUUUAUUGAAUCCUGAUAUGAAACCAGCAGUAAUUGGAAUUGUAGAAGAUAAAUUAAAUCAUCCAAAAGAAAUUAUACGUAAAAAAGCAAUUAUGGUAUUUCAUAAAUUAUUUCAAGACGAUCCUGACAUGAUGGUUACAUAUCCAAAUCUAGAAGUUAAAUUUCGCCAAUUAUUGACGAGAAAAGAUCCACAUACGUUGAAUGCUCUAUUAUGUCUUUAUGCAGAUUUUGCAAACCCUGCAAGUUUUAAGGAUUUGGUUCCAAUUCUUAUAAAUGUUUUAGAACAAGUGUUGGAUAGAUGUGUUAGUACAGAAGUCGGACCAAUUAUAAUUCAUACAUUAAAAAAAGCUGAAAAUGGAGUUGACGCAGCUUAUGAAGCUUUGUAUACGAUGGAUCCAAUAUGGUGGGUUGAGAAUGAUUGGUGGACAGAAGAAAAGAUGAGGAUAUUGGUGGAUUGUUUAGAGGAAAAAGAUGAAACAUUGAAGAAAAAGACAUUAGAUUUACUUUAUAAAAUGGCCAAUCCACAAAAUGUAGCUGUAGUUGUUGAACAUAUGUUAGAAGCCUUACGUACAAUAUCGUUAAUACCCUCAGAUGAUUUAUCAAAGAAAUUGUUGGUUAAUAGAAUUAUUGAGAUUUCUAAAAAAUAUCCUUGA